GAUGGGAAAGAGAUUGCCUCAAAAAUCAAAUUAAAUUAAAUUUAAUUGUUAAUUGAUAAGAAUUUUCGUAAAAUUUUUAUCCAAAUUGGCUAAAUUAAAUUCAUAUAGUUUGAGUACAGUUAACAAUUUCCAUUCUAGUGAAAUGCCUACUAUUAUAGCCAUAGACGUAUCUUUGUCAAUGUUCUACAAAGUAUCCGGAUUUGAAACCGGCGAAAAGCACUCUCGACUACAGUUAGCGAUUCAUGCCGUUAAUAUUUUGCUAGAUUAUUUGAGUAUCCAUUCUAAGUUAGAAUACGUCGCAACGGUCGCUUACUCUUCCAAGGCCGAAAUUAUUUCAUCGUUUACUCGAGAUUAUGAACUUAUUAAAACGAAACUAUCUGGGUUGGAGGUGAAAGAUAAAACGAAUUAUGAAUCUCUAAUAAAACUGCUCAAUCGCAUGGUUAUCAGCGAAUGGGGAAGCUGUACUCCUUGUCAGAUAAUUUUAAUCACAGAUGGAAGUUCCUCGUUUGAAUCAUUGGUCCCUACAGCAACGACAACGAUGAGCUUUCCGUCAUCUGUCACCAUUGCGUCAAUUGCUCCGGCAGACGAUAUGUACUCACCGAUAGCUAUGCAGAAAAUAUUGAAGUUCUUUGAUUCCAGUGGUAAAGUAGUCAAAACUGAUUCCAACGUUGAUAUCGAUUCAUUAACUACAUUCAUGCGAGAUUUAGCCAAAGAAAAUUAUUCGUCGAGUAAUGCUGCACUCAAAUGUGGUGGUAUUGUGUCGAAAAUUCAACUAUUACCGCCACCCAUGCCUUAUACUUCAUUGAUUGAUUUUGAAAUGAAGACUAAUCAAGUCAGUAAUGUGAUCGAAAUUUGUGGCUUCAUCGAUAACGUAGAUGUUGGAACGCCAGCAGCAGUUUCUCGCCAUCUUGUGUUACCCAUCGCAGGUACCCAAGAAAACACAGUAUUAGAAAGUUUCGAAGAUAUGGAAGUUGAUGAGGGAACAUCUCACGACGAUGGAAAAAUACCCUCAUUUUGCGUUUUACUGCACGGCGCUUUAAAAGUUGAAAAUAUGGUUGCUUUAUGUGAAUUGGGUUCAAACUGGUAUGGUAUCUUAUUCUCAUGGACGGAUAGUAAAAAACGAUCGAAUUUAAUGCUGAUUGUAUUAGAACCUGAAAAAGUUUCAGUCCCUUGGAUAGGAAAUUUUAAGUAUUUAGGAACUUUACCCAACGAAAACAUUGCUCCUGAGACAGAUGAAUGUUUUCCUGUCCGUCCUCCAGAGAAACGAAGUUAUAAUCAGAAUUUGGUUGUAUGGGUGAAACAGUCAGGUUUGCAAUCAGACGUUCAAAAAAUAUUAAGACAAGCCAGAAAGUUGCCUGAAAAGACUAACAAUUUCUAUAAAGAACUGAAUCGAUUGAGAAGAGCAGCAAUUUCUUUCGGAUUCGUUGAGUUAUUAGACGGAGUAGCUGACAUAUUCGAAAGAGAAUGUACUAUGUUACCAGGAUCUGCACAUCCGGAUUGUGCUCUUCAGUUGACUCACUCUGCGGGAAUACUGAGAAGACCAGUGGCCAGAGAUGCAAAAUAUUCGAUACCGCCCAUGAGAACAAAAUUUGUUUCUGGAAUUGAAUCAUAUGGGAAAAUAUGAAUCAAAAUCAAUGCGAUGUAUUUAAUCAAGAAAGAUAUGCCCACAUAUUGAAUAUAAUUUUGAGAUUGUUGAAAUGAGAAAACCCAUCAAAAUCAUGAUUGUUUCAGCAUGGGCACGAAUGAGUUUAAAUCGGAUUACACCGUGAGAUGAGUUGUUUGAUUUGAUAUGUACGUAUACGUACUUUGUUCAUGUUUGAAAUACGUGUUUUUCGAAAUUUUGUUGCGAUUCAAGCAUUUGUUGUGAAUGAGGAAAUAAAAGAAAACGUUCAAAGCUAACAAA